AUUCGCUUUUAUGCUUUCCCCGGCUCUUUCACGAGAGACAACUUUACAACUCUCAAAUAAAAUUCUAAUUUAUUUGUUAUUCAAAUCAGUAAUCGCGCUUGCUUUAUCGGGCAGCAAAUAUCGUAGCAUAUCUUUUAAAGUCUCUUUCGAGUUAUGCAACAACAGAACAUCAAGCUAGUUCUAGGCUAUGUUUAUUAGUGCAAGGGGUUCAGAUUACUAUAGUUAAUUGUGAAGUUCUGAAAAGUCUACGAAAAUCGCGAACUGUGUGCAACUCCAGAUUAUUAUCUGCAACAAGUGUCGUGUGGAUACCGUUUAUAUUUGCUCUUGCCACAAUGAUCAGGAAGACUUGUUUUUCUUGUCUACAUCGGAGCACAUUCGACCUGCUUAAAGAUUGUUCUGUCAGAGCGACAAUAAGGUCAUUAUCUGGAAUAAAUUAUCAGCGAAAAUUCUCAACGAGUGGGACUAAAAUGGAUAAAUUUGGAUUACCAGACAGACUGAAAGACAGCAGUCCAAGUGUUUGGAACGAAUAUAGUGCGCUGGCGGCGAAAUAUAAUCCAUUGAACUUAGGACAAGGUUUUCCUGAUUUUCCACCCCCAUCAUAUGUAAUUAAAGCACUAGUUGAUGCUACUACUAAUCCUAAUGUCCUACUAAAUCAAUACACAAGAGGCUUCGGACAUCCCCGUUUAGUACAGGCACUAGCCAAACUUUAUUCCAAAGUAACAAAUCGUGAUAUCAAUCCCUUGUCGGAAAUUCUUGUUACAUGUGGAGCUUAUGAAGCAUUGUACGCUAGUAUUAUGGGACAUGUCGAAAAAGGAGAUGAAGUUGUUAUAAUUGAACCAUAUUUUGAUUGUUAUGAGCCGAUGGUGAAAAUGGCGCAUGGUGUCCCCCGUUUUGUUGCAUUGAAACCGCGACCAUGUGAAGGGAAAAUGACAUCAAACGACCUCGUUCUCGAUCCAAAGGAGUUGGAGAGCGCCUUCAAUGAGAAAACAAAAAUGAUCAUUCUAAACACGCCACAUAAUCCGACCGGAAAAGUUUUUACGGAAGCAGAAUUGAAGACAAUUGCUGAUCUAUGCAGAAAGUGGAAUGUACUUUGUGUUUCCGACGAAGUGUAUGAAUGGAUGGUGUACGGAGAACACGAACAUAUUCGAAUAUGUAAUCUUCCUGGUAUGUGGGAGAGGACUAUUUCCAUUGGUUCUGCCGGGAAAGCAUUUUCCGUUACCGGCUGGAAGCUCGGAUGGGCAUACGGCCCCGCAAAUUUAAUUACAAAUUUACAGAUGGUCCAUCAGAAUAGCGUUUACACGAGUGCAACACCCAUUCAAGAAGCUGUUGCCAGUGGCAUUGAAUUCGAAUUAUCGAGAUUUGAUUCACCUGAAUGUUACUUUAAGAGUUUUGCACAAGAACUGAAAGUAAAACGUGAUGUGAUGGCCGACUUCUUACAAGAUGCCGGCAUGCGUCCUAUUAUCCCAGACGCAGGAUACUUUAUGUUCGCUGAUUGGUCGAAAUUAGAAAGGAAAGUCGAUUUGAGCUCAGAAACUGACAAAUACAAAGAUUAUCGGUUCACUAAGUGGAUGACAAAAAACAUUGGCCUACAAGCGAUUCCAGCAAGUGCAUUUUAUAGUGAUGGUUACAAAGCCUUGGGCGAGGCUUAUGUAAGAUAUUGCUUUGCAAAGAAAGAUGAGAAUCUUAUGAAAGCUAAAGAACUUUUAAAGAAAUUAAAAUGAUGAUUGCGUCAAAUAAAUUUAUUUUUCUUGGGCUUA